AACUUCAUUCACUAUGAUGCUCGACUCCUAGCGAGGAGCUCCUCCGCACCCAACAUCCGCUGUAAGGAGAAAACUCAAUGAAAUUCAAGAACAAUUCUUGACCAGAAUUAACGUUUGUGCAGCCAGCGUGAAGCGAACCUGAAGACAUCGCCUCAGUGCAUUCAUCAAGACUUUAUUUUUGGGGGCACUUUAAGUAUAAAAGUUUUUUCCUAAGGCUCCCCCCUCCCCAUUUUUCUUUACAGAAGACAUCUUCUUCACUUUUUUUAAAAAAAAGGCAUAAAACAUUUCUGAACAAUUAUCACACAGUAUUUGACUUUCCUGGACUGCUGCAGACUUUAUUCGUGGACUGAAAUCUGGCAGUAAAUCGCCUGGACCGCUCGUAUAUGUGAUUGGUUUAACAAGUACCUUUAUUCUUCAGUGAGAGAUCAUGGAGCGCGACUCUACCGCGGGAGGGGCGGAGGACCUGCUCCUGGAAGACAAAGUUUCAAAACUGCGUGCAGGAUCACUUCACAAACACGAACUAGCUGAGGCCAUGGAAGUGGAACAAGAAGGACUGGUAGAACAUCAGCCUCUGGAGCAGGACGACCUUAACUUUGAGAAAUGGAAGCCCAAGCCAAAGCCCAAGAGGACGCUGCAUGAGAAAAUCGACGACUUAAAGACUUACCUGUGGAACGCAGAGACUAAGGAGUUUAUGGGCCGCUCGGGGAAGAGCUGGAGCCUUAUUCUGCUCUUCUACUCAGCAUUAUACAUUUUCCUUGCGGCUAUGUUUGCUGGUUGUAUGUGCUGCCUGAUGUGGUCAAUUAGUCCAUAUGCUCCCACCUACAAUGACAGAGUGAUGCCACCAGGUAUGACAAUGUUUCCUCAUGUAGAUGUAGCUCAUGGGUUUGACAUUGCUUUCAACGCCUCUGACCGAAGCUCGUGGAGGAAGUAUGCCAAAGCACUGGAAGCCCAUCUGAAACCAUAUGACGACGGAGUGCAGGAUAGGCGGAACAUUAACUGUGAAGGAAAUACGUAUUCCAUGCAAGAUGACUUAGAGGAGAGUGCCGAGCGCAAGGCAUGUCAGUUUAAGAGGUCCUGGCUGGGUGAAUGCUCCGGCAUGAAGGACAAAGAUUUUGGCUACUCAAAGGGAAAACCCUGCAUCCUCGUCAAAAUGAAUCGGAUUCUCGGGUAUCUGCCUGGUCAAGGCACUCCAGUAAAUGUUACAUGUGGAGUCAAGAAAGGGUCAACUGAAGGCCUCGGAGAAGUCCAGUUUUUUCCAGAAAAUAUCUUCAACUUGCGGUACUAUCCCUAUUAUGGGAAACUGAGACAUGUAAACUACUCUUCCCCGUUGGUGGCUGUGCGCUUUCCCAGUGUCCAGUAUGACACCCAACUACACGUUCAAUGCAAACUAAACGGCAAGGGCAUCAUCAACGAUUCACCAACCGACCGUUUCCUGGGUAGUGUGUCUUUCACUUUAGAAGUGGGUGCGUAGGGUGGCAGUAGACCUAGAGAAAUUGAAAUUAAAUUCUCAGAGUAUGUUAUAAUAAUUGAAAUAGCACACUGGGUGUUGUCUUUACCCAUUAGCCCUCUGAUUAUGCCUCCGGCAGCCACUGUGCUAUUCGUGUCAGAGCUGUGUUACUACACUACUUUUUCAAAAAAGGAAUUUCCCAGUAAGCAAAGACUGAGAUUCAUAGAUCAGCCGAUAGAGACUGACACCUGCCUGGAUUUCAUUAUAGGAUAAAAGGAAGAUGUCCAAAUACUGUAUGUAGGUAUCAAUUAUAGCUAUUGAGGCAUAAUCACUCAAAAGUACGGUCUAAAGUGAGAUGCAGGCAAAACAAUUCUCUAGAUCUGUGUAGAUCGUAGAAUUAACAUUUAUUAAACCUUUUUGAUGAGUUAUUUUGCGAAGUCAGAUGUGUAUAUAACACAAAUUAAAACAGAACAAAUAUAUUUUUUAUGAUUUUUCUCAGUUAAGUCAGUCUCCUUUAAAUUCUACCCCCCCCCCCAGAAUGAAGAAAAAGAAACUGCUUAACAUUAUCCUUUUGCUUGCUCAUUUAAUUGAAUAACUAUCAGAUGUGGUUUAGAAUUAAUAACUGAUUUGUACAUUUAACUAAAUUUUUCUUUCUUUCCUUUUUUUUUUUUUGGAUGUGCAACUAAAUUUUUAAUUCAUUUCUGAAACGCGGGACAGAAAUCCCAUUUCAUCAUUUUCACAAAGCUUCAUAAUGAAAUACUAGUUGAACUUUCUUUUGUCAAUCAUGCAACCAGCACUUAAAAACUAAAUAGAGUCACAAUUAAUCUGAUUGAAAAUAUCUGCUCAAUUGCCUGUAAGGAGGAUUUCAACAGUAUUAUUUAUUAAUUGUAUAUGAAUAUAUUGACAUGAUACAAACAGUUACAAAGUGUAAUAGUGAGAUGGAAAUUGGUAAGUGCACAUCUUUGUUAUUCAGUAAAUGCAUUGAAAUAUCCACUGGCUGACAAAGAUUUGCCAGCUCAUGUUUUUAAACGCACUCAUGUUUUAGUAUAAACAAUAAAGCUGGAUGAGAAUUAACGGAAUCAAA